AUGCAUUCUCGUCUGUCAGAAGUUGGGAAGUCAGAAGUUGGGAAGUCAGUCGAGUUGCCGCAGCCUUGGCGAGGUGCGCCACAGUCGGUUCCAGAUCAUGACCAUAACUGGAUAUCGGCGUCGGACCGUCCCGAAUCGGAGUCUGUAAUCGAAACCUUGUUUUCACAGCUAGCAAGCCACCUCGGAAUUUCCCGGCCCCUCACAAUUUCGUCCACCGUCGUCCAAACAGUCGUAAUCAAGAGCUCGUCGCCGUUCAUCAAGAUGGUUAAAGUAUACAAACCCGGCAAGGUCGCCAUCGUUCUCCAAGGCCGUCAAGCCGGCAAAAAGGUCGUCGUCAUCAGGCAGCUGGAUGAAGGCACCAAGGAGAUUCCUUUCCCUCACGCUAUCGUCGCUGGCGUCGAGCGUUACCCCCGCAAAGUGACGAGACGUAUGGGCCAAAAGAAGGUGGCGCACAGGAGCAAGGUUAAGCCCUUCAUCAAGAUCAUCAACUACUCCCACCUUUUCCCUACGCGCUACGCCCUCGAGCUGGAAGGCCUCAAGAACUCCGUGUCGGCUGAUACCUUCAAGGAGCCAUCACAACGGGAGGCCGCGAAGAAGACGAUCAAGAAGCUGCUGGAGGAUCGCUAUAUAAGUGGGAAGAACAAGUGGUUCUUCCAACCUCUGAGAUUCUAG